AUGCGAGGACUGUACCAACACCUCAAGAGGUCAGUGGGCCUCAGCGGGAGGCAAGCGGGGAGACAUCAGUUCGUCGCGGAUGAGAACGGCGUGUUGCUCCGGAACAGGGACGACAUCCUCCAGCGGUGGGCGAGAUUCUUCAGCACCCUACUCAACACCAAAUCCCCCACCCUGAAGCCAGACAUCAUCGAGCGAGUGACGCAGCGGCUAGCGACACGUGACACUCAACGGUUGGGAGAUGUGCCAGAACUCGAGGAGGUGGCACGGGCAACGAAAGGCCUCAAGAACUGGAAGGCACCCGGCCAUGACUCCAUCCCUGCCGAGUUGCUCAAGAUCGAUGACGACGAACCCUUCGUCCUGGGACACCUCCAUACCAUCCUCGUCAAGGUGUGGAACGGAGGAGAUAUUCCGCGAGAGUGGAAGGACGCAACCAUCAAGGUGCUGUACAAGAAGGGUGACCGGUCCAACUGUAACAACUACAGGGGGAUCUCGCUACAAUCUCACGUAGGACAGAAGGGUCCCCAUCAAGAUCAUCACCAACCGUCUAAGCGCCUUCUACGAAGCCAACAACAUCCUCCCGGAGGAACAAUGCGGAUUCGACCCGGGCGAUCCUCCGUCGACACGCUGUUCGUCGUGCGCCGCCUCCAGGAGCUGGGGCGGAGAAAGAAAAUACCGCUCUACAUGUGCUUCGUCGACUUGAACAAGGCGUAUGAUUCGGUAGACCGAGAGAUGCUAUGGAAGGUGCUGGCCAGGGGCGGGAUCCCCGCGAAGCUGAUCGAAGUCAUCCGCCGAUUCCACGAUGGAAUGCGGGCCCGGGUGCGCAUGGACGACGGAGAACUAUCGGACUGGUUCUUCGUGAUACAGGGAGUGCGACAAGGAUGUGUGCUAUCUCCACUGCUGCUGUUAAACAUCUUCUUCGCCGAGGUCCUCGAGGUCGUUGUCAUCCGAUUCAGCGAGGAUGAUGUUGUUGUGCGGAGCCUAGUGUGCUUGGAGGAGGGGAAGACGGAAGCGGGGGGUG